CUACAUUGAAAAAAAAACCACAUACUACGUAUAAUGUUAUUUAGAGAAAAUCAUUAUAUUUUAGUGCUCUUUAAUUAAAUUUCCCAAAAGAUUUUUAGAAGUAACACCAUACAUAGCUUUCGUGAAGGAAGAGUUAUGACUGCAUGGGCAGCUCAGUUGGUCGAGAACGUGAAAUCUUGGACUGAUGAUCAGGAAUCGAGUCCCGCAAACGACAGUGUGAGAGUUAUCCGAAAAUUCCAUAAAGGGGAGGGGACAGGACUCCCUGGCUCAUCUUCAUACUAUCUCAGUAGAGGCGGCGGCGGGAGACUGCCGCCGCCUUAUGGGUCUGAAUUCAAACCCCAAACAACCCCUGACAUGGCAGUCCAAUCCAAUGUUGGGGAUGGGGCAUUUUAUUCUGGGAACCAUUCUGGCAAGACUGUUCAUGGUGGUGAUCCGGUGAAGAAGAAGAAAGGCAGGCCUAGGAAAUAUGGGCCAGAUGGGGCUACCAACAUGUCUUUAGCAUUGUCUACCGUGGCUUCUCUGUCGUCCAUCGGGCCUAAACGGGCCAAGGGAAGGCCCCCGGGUAGUGGGUGGAAACAACAAUUAGCCCCUCUUGGUGAAUGGAUGAACAGUUCAGCUGGGCUUGCAUUCACACCAUAUAUCAUACAAAUUGGGGCAGGAGAGGAUAUAGCAGCAAAAAUACUGGCAUUUGCACAGCAGAGACAAAGAGCCUUAUGUGUAUUGUCAGCUAAUGGCACUCUUGCUGCUGUUACAUUGCGUCCCCCGCCAGCAAGUUCUGGAUCCACCGUAACGUAUGAGGGCCGUUUUGAAAUGCUCUCCUUGACUGGAUCGUUCUUGGUUUCUGAAAUCGGCGGCCCUAAGAACCGGACCGGUGGUUUAAGCAUUUCCAUUAGCAGCCCGGACGGGCAUGUCAUUGGUGGUGCAAUUGGUGGCCAAAUCAUUGCAGCAAGUCCAGUUCAGGUGGUGGUUUGCAGUUUCGUGCACGGCAACUUGAAAGCUAAAAGCACAACCGAACCUUUGGCUAUCACGGGCAGCGACGAGGAUUCAGUGGGUCCCACUGGCAAGACGGGGCCAUCAACGACUACGCUUGUCACCACCACUGCUUCCUCAAGUCAAGACCCGCCUCCCAACCCUUCAAUGCCCUACGUUUGGCCUCCGAGUUCUGGGGAAGGUAUGAGAGCAUUUCGGACAGGGAUUGACCUAAUGCGCAGAUGAGACUUACAGAACAAUGGCUUUGUAUAUUGUGUGUGUGUGUGUGGGGGGGGNAUAUUGUAGGACUAGUAUAUGUAUAUGUGGACUGUGCUAACAAAAGCACCUCUAAGUG